AUGAAACAGCGGGACAAUGCAGCACGAGCACACAAUAUCUGGAAAGAUGGCGAAGAUAUUGUCGACUAUAACUAUUUUCGAAAAGAAAUGGCUUACAGACUAGUGGAUCGUCUUGAUGAUAUCAGAAGACAAGAGGGCUUCCCACUGGCACUGGAUAUUGGUGCUGGCUCUGGCUACAUACAUCAAGCAAUUUGUGCAGAUGAUGCUUUCGAAGGAGAAGGAGGGAUUGGUGGGAUUCGAAAGUUGGUCCAGCUGGAUUUCAGUGAAGAACUGUUGAACCGCGACAUAGAUGAAGGAAUAGAAGGUGUCCAUAGGUGCGAUACGUACAGGCUGGCUGCUGACGAGGAAGGAAAGUUGCCUUUUCCAGAUGGAACUUUCGACCUAGUUCUUAGUUCACAGGCCAUUCACUGGGUGAACGACCUACCAGGAUUGUUUAAGGAAGUUCAAAGAGUCCUAAAGCCAGAUGGAUGUUUCAUGUUCACGAUGGUGGGGGGAGCAACGCUACCUGAAUUGCGCAUUUCGAUGGUUUUGUCGGAGAUGGAACGAGAAGGCGGAGUUGGCGCACAUGUAGGACCAUUCGUCGAACUUUCAGAUGUUGGCAGUCUACUGCAAAGCGCAGGGUUUUCACUCCCAACAAUUGAUAUUGAUACUGUAAGAAUAUCCUACCCAGAUGCGUUUGUCCUAAUGGAACAUUUGCAACGAAUGGGCGAGAACAAUGCCUCCCUUCGGCGACGUGAAUUCACUGGCAAAGAUGUAUUCUUGGCAUCCGCUAGUAUCUAUGACGAGAUGUUCAAGUUACAGGAAAUAGAGGGUGAUGAAGAAGAAAGCGAUGUCGAAGCUUCUGUGCAGGUUAUUUCUGCGAUUGGCUGGUCACCCCAUGCAUCCCAACAACAACCAUCACAACGUGGUUCCGCACAGCAUCGAGUUGGCGACAUGAUCACGAAAACUACAGGAGGCGGUAGUGCUUGA